AUGCUAAAUGCAAGAGACUACAACGCAUUGGAUUUGGCUCAGCCAACUAACUUUAGGGCGAUGCUGAAGAGUGGCGAGCUACUCUGGGGCACAAGCUGCAGAAUUCCUCAUGAAGAGGCCGCUCGUGUUGUAGCAACUCUGCCGCAUCAGUUUUGUUUUCUUGACUCUGAACACAGUCCUCUGAACCCGACGCUGCUUGCUAGUCUGAUCAAGACUAUUCAGUACACUUCAAAUGGUUCCAUGGUGCCUUAUAUUCGGUUGGCACCCAAUAUGCCGGAUCUAAUCAAUUAUGUUCUAUUAGCUGGAGCUGGAGGUAUCGUCCAACCACACGUGCAAAACGCAGAGCAGGCGAGGCAACUCGUAAGUUUGGCCAAGUUUCCCCCACUGGGUUCGCGUAGUUAUCCACCACUGGCGCUUUUCGGGAAGCAAACGUCUACAAAGCCCGGAGAGACCGUCUACGACGUCUGGAACAAUCACGCAGCAGUGUUUGCGCAAAUUGAGGACGUGGAGGGCGUUGCCAAUGUCGAAGAGAUUGCAGCUGUUCCCGGAAUCGAUGCAUUGAUGGUGGGAGCUGGCGAUUUGCGCUGUUCCAUGGGCCUCGAAGUCGGCAGCCAGGAUGGCGAUGAGCCUGUCUUCCUUGAAGCUAUGGAAAAGAUCCAGCGCGCAGCAGACAAGAAUGGUCUUGCUGUUCUGGGGUUUGCCAUGACGCCCGAGAUUUUGGAGAGAAGGCUAAAAUUGGGAUGGCGGGCAUUUAUUGUGCACUCGGACGGCGCUGGUGUCUUUAAGUCUGGCAUGAAGGCCUUUGAGGACAGUACUUCCCAGGCCAAGAUUAUUGUCAACGGUAUUUCUGCGUUGAAUGGUAAUGGUUCGACUAAUGGUUCGACUAAUGGGCAUUGAUAUGUAGCUCCAGUGGACAGCGGUUGCACUAGGUAGGUA